AUGAACUACCCAACCAGUUUGAUACGUUUUAAAUAUCUGAGACUGAAUAAUACAAAAGGCAAGUUUUUUUACAGUAAUAAAGUAUAUUGUAAGACAUAUUCGUUUUUAUAUUACUGUGUUAAUAAUUUAAGCCAAAUAAAUAAUGCAAGAAAAAAUUACUCUAGUUUAGGACAGCUAGUUGAUAGAAAAAAAAAUGUUAUAAAUUUAAGUGAUGAUGAUAAAAUUAUCAAAAGCUACAAAAGAGUAAAUAUAAAGAAAAUACUUAAGGGUAAUAAAAAAUCGGAUAAAUUUGAAGAUGAGGAAAAUGUUAACAAAAAAAAUAAACUAGGAGAUACGAAUAUGGAACCCAAUUUUGUUAAUUUGAAUGGGAUGGAAAUCCAAUCAGAAUAUAAUAGAAAAGAAAAAGUUUAUCAAAAUAUAGAAGAACAAAAAGAUAAAGAGAUGAAAAAGAGUCAGGAGGAUUAUUCAGCUAAAAUCGGUAAUAAUGAUAUGGAUGAAAUUUAUUUAAAAAAUUUACAAAAAAAAAAUAAAAGAGAUAUAGAUGAUGAAAAUAUAAAAAAUUCUGUUGAUGAAUUAUUUUAUUCAAAAGGGAAAAAAAAAAAAUUAAUGAAAAGACUUAUUUUUAAUAGUAAUUGUGAUUAUAUGGAUUUGAUUAAUAAAUAUCACGAAUUUAAAGAAACUGAUGAUGAUAAAUUUUAUUCUUUUGAUACUAGUGUAAAUAAUUCUACACGUUUAAUAAAUGACGAAUCCCCCAAUGUUAGAAAAUAUGAAAAUAAAAUGGAUGAUAAAUUUGGUUAUUUAUAUGAAGUAGAAAGGGAAAACAUUGAUGAAAAAAAAUAUAUAAAUACAAAUUUUAAAUAUUUAAAAAAUAAUACAAAUAUAUCAAUUUUUUCUGAAGUAGGAAAAAAAGAAAUAUUAGAUAUUUGUAAAAGAAAGAAAAAUAUGCAAAAUGAAAUAAAUAAAAAUAGUCAAGAAAAAAAUCUUUUUAAUAAUGAUAUAUUUUUUUGGUUGAAACGAAAAGUCCAUAGAUCUAUUGAUUGGAAUAUCUCACCUGAAGGGUUGAAUAAACAAAACGAUAUAAUAGAUGUAACAGAAUUGAACUGUCUAGAGAAACAUAAUAUACCAGAAUCUGACAUGAUAGAAGAAGGAAAAAAUGAAUCUGCUUAUGAUAAAUUAGACAAAAACAAAUUGAUUUUAGAGACAAAUAAUGAAAAUAUUCAAGUAGAUGGAGAAAAAAAAACUAAAAGAGCUUAUAUAGAAAAAAAAAUAUCUCCAUUCAACUUUUUAAAAAAGUUAAAUAUAAAUGUGUUAGAUGAUGAAAAUCAAGAUAUGAAAAAGGAAUUAAAAAAUGAAAAUAAUAAAAAUGAUGAAAAAAUAAAAGAAGCACGAGAAAAAGAGAAGGAAUCAUUGAUACAAAUGUAUUUAAACAAUUUGGAAGACAAAGAGACCAAGCCGGGUUUGAGUAACAUUUUAGGUGAAGAGAAAGAGACCAAGCCGGGUUUGAGUAACAUUUUAGGUGAAGAGAAAGAGACCAAGCCGGGUUUGAGUAACAUUUUAGGUGAAGAGAAAGAACCCUUGAAUAAGUCAGGCAGAAGCUCUGAUUCAAGUUCAGGUUCAUCCCAGAAAAUCCUUGGCGAAAAAAAUGGUGACUACAAUUUGGAGCGUAUUCCAAAGGCAGUAAACGAGGAAAAAGAUGAUGGAAGAGUUAUUGAUGAUCUAAUUUAUCAAGAAGACAUAAAAAAUGAAUCAAAGGAUAAGACAUAUGAAGGUAUAAUAGAUAACAGCAAAAAUAUUUUCAAAAAAUUAAAAGAGAAUUAUGAAUUAUUUAAAAAGGAAAAUAUGUCACCAUAUAUAUUAGAGGGGUGUGAAAAAUAUAUAAAUUAUUAUUAUGGUAUAGAAAAAGAAGAAAAAAUAAAAGAGAUGAAACAUUACUCUGAAUUAAAUUUUUAUGAUGUAAUAAAAGAUAAAAAUUUUACUAUAGAAAAUUAUAAUAUGCUUAUAAAAAGUAAAAUAAUAUUUAACAAAGAAGAAGAAGCAUUUAAUUAUUUUAAUUUAUUAAAAAAAUAUGAUUAUAAAAUAAAUGUGGAUACAUAUAACAGUUUAAUGUAUACAUGUAUUGUUCAGAAAAAUGCUAAAUUAAGUAGAUUGAUUUAUUUGCAAAUGAUAAAAGAUAUGUUUGUACCUAAUAAAAAUACAUUUUGUAUUAUGAUUAAAUCACACAUACUAGAUAAUGAUAUAAAAAGUGCUUUUCAUUUAUAUAGAAAAAUGAUUAAAGAAGAGAUAGAAGUAGAUUUGCCAAUUUAUUCAACACUAAUAGACGGUUUAAUUAAACAUAAAUUAUAUAAAAGAGCUGAAAUUUUUUAUAAUUAUAUUAUAAAUUAUAAAAAUGUUGUACCAGACGAAAUAUUAUAUAGUAUCAUGAUAAAAAAUUGUUCAUAUAAUGGAGAAGCUGAAAAAUGUUUAAACAUUUAUGAAACAAUGUUAUCAAAUAAUUUAAGAAUAACCGAUAUAACUUUAAUAGAAAUAAUUAAUUGUUUAUCAAAAAGAGUUGAUUAUUUUCAUAAAGUUUUUCAUUUUUAUAAUAUUUAUUUAGCUAACGAUAUGAAAAUAAACCACCGAAUAAUGUUAUAUAUGAUUAUAGCUUGUUCAAAUAGUGGAAAUAUAAAAAGAUUAAAAGAAAUAUUAAAGACUAUGAAUAAAUAUAAAAUAAAAAUUACUGAUGAAAUGUAUUGUUAUAUUAUAAGAGCAUUUGCUAAUAACUGUAAAAGUAAAAACAUACAGAUAAGUGAAAAAAACAAUAAUAUUAAAUAUGCUUGGGGUAUUAUAUAUCAUAUUAUGAAUCUUAGAAAAAAUAACAUAAAUGAGAAAACUAAUGUUUCAGAAUCAUUAAUAGAUAAUGAUAAUCCAAAUUAUUCAACUAUUCAAAAAAAUAAUAAUAUUGUUAAUACGAAAUUAUUGAAUAGUAUUGUUUUAUUAUAUAUUAAUUGUGAAUAUUAUGAAUAUUCUAUAAAUAUGCUAAAAUAUUUUUCAUAUUUCCAAUGUAUCCCAGAUUAUUACACAUUUAGUAUGUUAUUUAAAAUGCUUUUCUAUAAACAAAAAGAUUAUGGAAAAGUUAUAUGUCUAUAUAAUUAUAUGGUAAAUAAUACUAAUAUAAAAAUAGAUGAAUAUACAUUUGAUUUAGUAUUAAAUUCAGCUAUUAAAACUAAGUCAUCAAAAAAUACUUUAUUUAUUUUACGACAUAUGUUUACUGCCAAAAUUUAUCCAACUCCUAAAACGAUUAAAACAUUAUUUCAUGUUGCUAGACAUAUUACAGAUAUUCAACUUAUUAUUAAUAGUAUGAUAAGUCAACAAAAAAAAGAUAUAUACGAAGAAAAUGUUAAAGAAAACCAACUUAUACAAUUAAACAUAGAUGAAUAUGAAUUAAAUUUAUUUAAAGAUGGUAAAACUUUCAAAACUAAAUCAGAGAUCGAUAAAGUAAGGGACCAAUUUUUUAAAAGAAAGGAAAGAAUUGAAAAGGAUAAAAAAAUGUCUAAAAAUAAAAAAUCAUCUGAUUGGUUACCUUAUGGUCAAUAUUUGCAAGCCAAGAAAAAGGGAGGCGAAACUUAUGCCAAAAAAGUUGACAGGCCUAAACCCCUUCCCUUUGACUGA